GUAUAUCUUGGAGAGCUGCUUCUUGUAUUUCCACGUAAAGAUCAACCAAACUCCCCAGACGGCCGCACCAAACAUUAGGUGCCAUAUCUCUCAAAGGGAAAAAAAAAACACAUUAGGUGCCUAGUCCUCAUCAGCCACCUCCCCAGACCAGCUGCUGAUGUUACGACGUUUUGCUGGAUCUUGAAGCAUCGACCAAACUCCAAACCAAAUAGUGUAUUGCCAUCCCAACGCACAGCUAACUGUUGGCAGGCACUGGAAAAAAAAAAGGCCAAAAAGGCUAAAAAACACAACACAUCCUCACUCUCAGAGUAAGCAGUGUGCUCCUGAGCACGAUGACGAGCCCCAUGCACGCGCGCAAGGCCAAGCUCAAGACCCACCUCAUCUCCGCCAAGGCGAAGCUCAAGCACAACGUCACCCCGCGCCGCGUCGUCCUGCUCGCUGCCGCCGCCACCUCCGCCUUCCUCCUCCUCUUCACCCUCCGCACCCUCCACUCCGCGGCGUCGCGACACGGCGCCGCAGCAGGCGCCCCUGCCAUCGCCGCCCACCACGCUGAUGACCACCAGGAGCUGGAGCACCAGCAGCAGCACCAACAACAAGAGUGCGCCGCCGCCAAGCAGGUGCCGGCGUCCGUCGCGGAGGCGCUGGUCCACUACGCGACGUCGAACGAGACGCCGCCGCGGCAGACGGAGGCCGAGGCCGGGGCGGCCGCGCGCGUGCUGGCGCGGCGCGCGCCGUGCAGCCUCCUGGUGUUCGGGCUGGGGCCCGGCAGCGCGCUCUGGGCGGCGCUCAACCACGGCGGCCGCACGCUCUUCCUCGAGGCCGACGCCGACCGGAUCGCCUCCGCACGCGCCGCGCGCCCGGCCGGGAUCGACCUCCAGGCCCACCCCGUCGCCUUCCAGCAAGAAGCCAUAGCUACGCCAUCCGACGACCUCCUGGUGGCGCUCCGUAACUCCUCUGACUGCGCCGCCGCCGCGUCCUCCUCCCCGCCAAAACCUCUCACACCGGACCACCUGGAGCAGUCGCCGUGCGCGCUGGCGCCGCGCGGGCUGCCGGCAGCGUUCUACGAGGCGGAGUGGGACGUGAUCGUGGUGGACGCGCCGGUGCCGGGCGCGGUAUACACCGCCGGGGUGGCGGCGAGGGCGCGGCGCCCGGGGACGGGGGAGACGGACGUGCUGGUGCACGGCGUGGAUGGCGCGGCCGACGAGAGCUUCACCAGGGCGUUCCUGUGCGAGGGGUAUCUGAAGGAGGAAGCUGGCAGGCUCCGGCAUUUCUCCAUUCCGAGCCACAGGGACAAGGACGCCAUGCCAUUUUGCCCUUGAGAUUUUCAUUAAUACGCUAAUAAUGAUAUACUCCUAAUUGAGUCGUCAUCAUUUCAGUGUUUCGAUUCAGAGUAUUUCCGUGAAAUGAAAGGAUUUUGUGGCAAAUAUUAAGAAAAGAAGUGGGAUUGGUGACAAAGCCAUAAAGGAAAUGUUAGUUAUACUCCUAGGUGCUAGAAUUAGUCACCAUGUUUACAUUCGUGCAUGUGCGUAGGCAUCGGUAAGUAGUGGUAGUUUGCUUAGCUAUGAACCUGGAUAUGCCGUCAUGGCCGGGCGACAUCGGGCGCGGGGAUGGACGCGCACCUCUUUCGUGUUGUGCGUGCCAUGAGCGGCAUGAUCUCUGUACUCUUUCAAUAAAUGGAAACGCUGCGUUGUUUGCAGCA